GAAAUUAUUUAGCUGAAUUAAUUUUUAAAAUGAAGUUCAUUCAUAGAACUUUUGUUUUUGGUUUACUGAUUGCUUUAAGUGCGAAAUUAAAUUUUGCAUGUAAAGAUAAAAAAGAAGUGGCACCAAGUAAAGAUUGGUGGGAAACUGCACAAUUUUAUCAAAUUUAUCCAAGAUCAUUUAAAGAUUCUGAUGGAGAUGGUAUUGGUGAUUUAAAUGGUAUAACAGAAAAACUUGAUUAUUUAAAGGAGCUUGGUGUAACAGCAACAUGGUUAUCACCAAUUUUUAAAUCACCAAUGGCUGAUUUUGGUUAUGAUAUUGAAGAUUUUUAUGAAAUUCAAAAGGAAUAUGGAACAAUGAAAGAUUUUGAAAAUUUAAUUAAAAAAGCAAAACAACUUGGUAUUAAAAUUAUUUUAGAUUUUGUACCAAAUCAUUCGAGUAAUGAAUCAGAAUGGUUUAAGAAAUCUGUUGCACGAGAUCCAGAAUAUGAAGAUUUUUACGUUUGGGAAGAUGGUAUAGAUGAUCCAAAAAAUCCUGGAAAAAAAUUACCACCAAGUAAUUGGCUGGCAGGUUUUCGUGGUAGUGCAUGGCAAUGGAAUGAACAACGAAAACAAUUUUAUCUUCAUCAGUUUGCUGUCCAACAACCAGAUUUAAAUUAUAGAAAUCCAAAAGUUGUUGAAAGAAUGAAUCAUGUUAUACGUUUUUGGUUAAAUAAAGGUAUCGAUGGUUUUCGGGUUGAUGCUGUACCAUGUGUAUUUGAAAUUGAACGAUUUCCAAAUGGAACAUAUUUGGAUGAACCUAAAAGUGGUUAUACUGAUGAUCCAGAAGAGAGUGACUAUUUAUUACAUAUUUAUACACAAAAUCAACCAGAAACAAUAGAUUUAGUAUAUGAAUGGAGAAGAGUAUUCGAUGAGCAUCAAAGAAUUUUUAAUACAGAAUCAAAAGUAUUAUUAAUUGAAACAUAUGCACCACCCGAUUAUACAAUGAAAUUUUAUGGAAAUGUAACAACUCAAGGAGCACAUUUACCAUUCAAUUUUAAUUUAAUUACACAAUUAAAUUCUCAAUUAACAGCAGAAGAUGUUAAAAAAUCUAUAGAUUCUUGGUUACCAGAAAUGCCUUCAAAAAGAACAGCUAAUUGGGUUAUUGGAAAUCAUGACAAAAGGCGUGCCAGUACAAGAUAUGGUGUUGAAAAAAUCGAUCAUAUGAAUAUGUUAGUUAUGAUUCUUCCUGGUGUCAGUGUAACAUAUCAGGGUGAAGAACUUGGAAUGUUGGAUGGAAUAAUAUCUUGGGAAGAAACUGUUGAUCCUGCUGGUUGUAAUAGUAACAGUUCUAUAUAUGAAAAGUUUUCAAGAGAUCCCUGCAGAACACCAUUUCAGUGGGAUGAUACUAAAAAUGCAGGAUUUACAACAAAAGAAAAACCUUGGCUUCCAAUGGCACCAAAAUAUGAAGAAUUAAAUAUAAAAACUGAAAUGGCAGCCAAAGAAAGUCAUUUAAAAAUCUAUAAAAGUUUAAUUGAGUUACGUAAAAAGCAAACUUUAAAAUUUGGCAAUUACAAAUAUAAUGCUGUCGAUAAAAAUGUAUUCGUUGUAUUAAGAACCUAUAAUAAUUCCCAAAUUUUAUUAAUUGAAAACUUUGGUAAUAGCGAAGAAAAAAUCGACUUAACAAAGAGCUUCCCAAAUCUUGAUAAAUUGAUUUUAAAAAUUAGAAAUUUAGGAUCUAAAAAAGAACUUGGUUCUACCAUUCUGGCAAACAAUAUACAAUUGGAUAAAUAUGAAGCAUUGGUGCUUACUACAGAAACUGUUCUGUAAAAAUAAUUGAAUCAAAAUCGAUUAAAUAAUUUGAAAAUUAGUGAUAUUAAUAAAAUUUUUCAAUUUUAUUUUAAUUAAAA